AGCUGUGAAUUGAAAAAGGCUGGAAAAUAUGGACUUUUCACCCCACCGUGGCAUGAAUGAAGGAAGGUACAGGUCUCCUUCCCUUCAAGAUACCACCAUGAGCUCCAGCCACACCCAGAAGAACCGAGGGGACUCCACUCCGCUGCCUCCAAUCAACGAGUGCCUGGCUUUCCUGCGGCCGUCCAGAGAGCUGUUAGAGUAUUACCGCAAGAAGAUCGCUGAGUUUGAUGAGGAACAUGAGGAUCUGGUAAAGCAACUGGAGCAAUACAAAGCUACCUUUGAGGAGCAGGUCACCAUUCCCCAACGUGCUGUUCAGUCUGGGGAUCCAUACGCCCGGAAACUGCAACGUUCAGGCCAGGCAGGUACCAAACAAGCACCCCUGAAAGCACCGGGGAAGCAAGACAGAAGCAAAGAGGGCAAGAAAGAAGAUCCCCAGAUUCUUUUGCUUCAGGUGAAGCUGCGUUUGAAUAUUUAAUUAUUCCUUGGGUCA